AUGUGGAUAGUUAAAUUUUUAAUAGUAGUUCAUUUUUUUAUAAUUUGUACCAUAUACUUUGAUAAAUUGUAUAUUAGUUAUUCUUAUAAUAUAGUACCAGAAAAUGGAAGAAUGUUAAAUAUGAGAAUUCUAGAGGAAGAAAAACCAAAUGUGGACGGAGGAAGUACUAGUGAUACUCCUGGAAAAAAUGAAUCUUCAAGUGUUUCCCCUAAUUUAUCUAGCACAGAAGAAAAAAAGGAUGAAAAAAAAACAUCUGAACAAGGAAAGGAAAGUAAUAAAAAAGAAAAUGCCGAAGAAAGCGCGAAUGGUAAGGGUGAUGUUAAAGAAGAAAAACCUAUUGAAGAAAAAGGUGGUGAACAAACAGAUAAGGUUCAAGAAAAGGUUCUAGAAAAGCCUCCAAAAGAAUCCCAAGUGGUUGAUGAAAGAAAAAAAAAUGAAGCUAUCCCUAAAAAGGUAGUUCAACCAAGUUCAUCAAAUCCAGAUGGCCAUGUUGGAGAGGAGGAAGACCACAACGAAGGCGAGGGAGAACAUGAAGAGGAGGAAGAUCAUGAAGAAGAUGACGAUGACGAAGAUGAUGAUACUUAUAAUAAGGAAGAUUUAGAAGAUGAAGAUUUAUGUAAACAUAAUAAUGGGGAUUGUGGAGAUGAUAAAUUAUGUGAAUAUGUUGGGAAUAGAAGAGUAAAAUGUAAAUGUAAAGAAGGAUAUAAAUUAGAAGGUAUUGAAUGUGUUGAAUUAUUUUCCUUAACAUCUUCUUCUUUAAAUUUAAUUUUUAAUUCAUUUAUAACAAUAUUUGUUGUUAUAUUGGUAAUAAAUUAA